GUUCGACAACUCUCCAUCGACCAACCUCUACACAGUAGUCCUAGCACGGCUCAUCUUCAACACAACCCUUCCUGCAUCGCUGUAAGCCGUAGGUCUGUAGUACCGUGUCAUCUCGAAAAACGUACGGUCUGGAGAGGAAGACUCUGCGCGCCUACCAUGUCCUCGACACCUCCCCGGCGCUCGCGCUUCGACAAGGACGAUUCCGACCGCCCACGCUCGCGCUUCGAUACUGGACGUCGUUCGCGGUCUCCUACAAGUAGAGAGCCAGAGUCGCGUCGCGCUCGUAGUCCCGUAGCCCGUGAUGUCUCGGACAGUCCGGCGCAGGUCGAGAGGAAGGCAAAUGCCGCCGCUGCUGCUGCCGCGGCGGCCGCGAGGAUCAAUGCGCAAAUCCAGGCGAAGAAGGGAAUUCAACAUGUCGACGUGCCCCCGAUUCGCUCUGCUUCUGCUUCCACUCCUCCUCGCCCCAAAACACCAAACACAGAUCCAGGCACUGCUUCUGUUGGCGAGACGUACCAGCAAGACGGUGAUUACAUCAAAGACAUAGAAAUCAACGACCUCCGCAACCGAUACACACUGACUAAAGGAGCUGUUCAAAAAAGGAUCAAAGACGAUACAGGCGCCGAUGUCACAACCCGUGGGGAAUACUACCCGGACAAGAACAUGGCCACUGCUGCUAACCCUCCACUCUACCUUCGUGUCACUAGCACUUCUAAAGCAGGUCUCGAUACCGCUGUUAAAAUGAUUGAAGAGAUGAUGCAACAAGACCUACCGAAUCUUGUUGAUGAGCGUAGGUUCCGCCGUCGUGAGCCCGAGACCUUCGAGCGUGAUGAAUAUGGUCGCCGAAAAUGGCCUGAAGAGAAACUGCCUGUGGAUCUAGAACCUAUCAACGGAUUCAAUUUGAGAGCUCAGGUUGUAGGCCGUGGCGGUGACAAUGUCAAGUAUAUUCAGACCGAGACUGGUUGCAAAGUCCAGAUCAAGGGCCGUGGAUCAGGGUUUGUAGAAUCUGCAACCGGACGCGAAAGCGAUGAACCCAUGUAUCUUCACAUUGCGGGACCCCGACUGGAAGGUGUUGAAAGCGCCAAAAAGCUGUGCGAGGAACUGCUUGAUAAAGUCAGGGGCGACUACCACAACUUCAAGGAGAACCAAGGCCAGUCCCGUUUCAAUGGUGGGGGUGGUGACCGCUAUGGAGGUGGGGACCGUUAUGGGGGAGGCGGUGAUCGUCAUUCCAAUGGACGUCCUAAUUACGAUCGCGACCGAAGCCAAAGCUAUGGGCAUGGUGGUUAUGGUGGACAAACCGACUCCUACCAAUCCCCCGUAGGGGCUGCUGAAGGAGCCAGUUCCGCUGCAGACUUGAACGCGCAAUGGGCUGCUUACUACGCUCAGCAAGGUCAGCAGGGACAGCAGUCGCAGGCUGGACAAGACCCAUACGCUCAAUGGGGCGGUUAUGAAGCUUAUAUGCAGUGGUACUACUACUACCAGCAGCAGGCAGGAGGUAGUCAGCAGUCUCCACCCCCAGGCACUGCAUCGGCCGCGGUCCAACCACCACCGCCGCCACCAUCUGAUCCCGCGCCUCCUCCUCCACCGCCUCCGUCUGGUUCUCCUCCAGGAUACAACGCAGUAUGUAUACCUCAGUCCGACGCCAAUCCCUUUGCCUCGCAUGUAGAAGCUUGA